AUGGCGAAGCAGCGGAAGCUGCAGGGCGAGAUGGAGGCCGCGCUAAAAAAGAUCGCGGAGGGUGUGGACGAGUGGGAGGACUUGUGGAACAAGUACGAACGAUCCCACGACAUGGACGCCGCGCAGCGGGAGCGGUUGGUCGCCGAGAUGAAGCGCGAUCUGAAGAAGCUCCAGCGGCUGCGGGAAGCUGUCCGUGGCUGGCUAGCCAACAACGAGGUCCGGGUGGCCAAGGACACGCUGGAGAAGGCGCGGAGAAGCAUCGAGAUCCAGAUGGAGCGCUUCCGGGUGGUGGAAAAGGAUGUCAAGGGCAAGGCCCAUAUGGGGCUCGGCCGGGACGCCCUAGACCCUGCGGCAGCUGCGAAGCAGCAGUGCGCCGACUGGCUCACAGACGUCAUGGACCGUCUGCAGACCGAGAUUGAGGCAUGCGAGGCGGAUGUAGAGAACCUGGGCCCCGCCGGCAACAAGGCCAAGAAGACACGGCUGGCCGAGCUGCAGGGCCUCAUCGCGCGGCACCAGCAGCACGUGACGCACCUGGAGCAGACGCUGCGCCUGCUGCGCAACGACCAGGUGGAGGCGGAGGAGGUGGAGGACGCGCUGAAGGAGGGGCUGGAGGCCUACCUGGACACGGGCGGCGAGGCGUUCGACCCCGGGGAGGACGAGGGCCUGUACGCCUCUCUGCCCCUGGAGGAGGUGGACGCCAAUGUGGGGAAGCUGGCCGACCCGGUGACGCCCAAGGUCGCGCCCGUCGCCCUGCCCGAGGAGCCUGCGAAGAAGGCGAAGCCGGGCAAGCCGACGCCGAUCAAGACCAAGCCCGUCAAAGGCACCCCCGUGACAGAGGCUGCUGCCCGUCCGCCCGCAAAAGCUGCAGAGGAGGCGCAAGCCGCGGGGCCGCCUUUCCAGUUGCAGGACCCGGGGACAAACGUCCUGGGGCCCAUGGCCUGCAUCCAGGCCCUGCACUGGUCCUUUGCCUCCAGGCCGACGGCCGACGACGCGAUGUGGCGGGACCUGGGCGGCAACCUGUCUGGGCUGGAGCAGGCGUCCCUGGCGCUGCAGUCCGGCACCGGCUCCGCCGUGCCGUUUGAGAAAGUCAAAGACGACGCGCUGUUCUUCGCCUUCUACUUCCAGCCGGGCACGCUGCGGCAGGCUGCGGCGAUCAAGGAGCUGCAUGCGAGGGGGUGGCUGUGGCACACCACCCUGCACACCUGGAUGACGAGAGCGGAGCAGCCCAAGGUCCUGGCGCCCACAUAUGAGCAGGGAGUGUUCUGUUAUUGGGACUCCGAGUUGAGGGCAGGGCAGGAGGCGGGGCAGCCCAUCUCAGGCUGGUCCUCGCACCUCACCGCCCCAACCUUUGUGCUGGACUACUCCUGCCUCGACACUGCUGUGGCAUGA